UUCAGUCGGUUGUUUGUAUUUCAGUGAUGAAGUUAUCUGUACUGUUCAGUGCGCUGCUGAUAGCAGCUGCCAGCGCCGUGCCGGGGGAGCAGCGCCGGUUUCCAGAUGACUUCAUCUUCGGCACAGCCACCGCUUCCUACCAGAUAGAGGGGGCUUGGAAUGAAGACGGCAAAAGCGAAAACAUUUGGGACUACAACACCCAUCGAGACCCGUCCAGCAUUGUCGACCACAGCAAUGGCGACGUAGCCGCCGAUUCCUACCACAACUACAAACGAGACGUCGAAAUGAUGAGAGAGCUCGGCCUUGACUGCUACCGGUUCUCCCUCUCCUGGCCGCGACUCCUGCCUUCAGGCUUCCCUAAUCAAAUAAACCAGCCUGGCGUAGACUUCUAUAACAACUACAUCGAUGAAAUGCUGAAAUACAACAUCCAACCUAUUAUAACUUUAUACCAUUGGGACUUACCUCAAAGUCUUCAAGAUUUAGGCGGCUUCACAAACCCUUUAUUCGCAGAAUGGUUUGAAGACUACGCAAGAGUAGCUUAUAGCCUUUUCGGAGACAGAGUUAAGUUCUGGAUCACUUUUAACGAGCCUAUGCAGAUCUGCUAUCAAGGGUAUGGAUCUGUGACUAAGAUGCCGGAACUGAACGCGACUGGUAUAGGAGAGUACCUGUGUGCGAAGCAUUUGGUGAUGGGUCACGCGAGGGCGUACCAUGCGUAUAAUAAUGAGUUUAAACCGGUACAAGGUGGACAGUGUGGGUUUACUAUUAAUUUGCAAUGGUACAUGCCAGAUACUGAUUCGGAGGAAGAUGCUCAUGCAGUGGAUUUGAUUAACCAAUCUAAUUGGGCGCUUUACACCGAUCCCAUCUAUCUACCCGAAGGCGGUUUCCCCAAAGAAUUAUCAGAAAUAGUCGCCAACAAAAGUGCUGAGCAAGGUUACCCCCGUUCCCGAUUGCCUUCCUUCACUGAAGAAGAAAGGGUUUACGUCCAAGGCACUUAUGAUUUCUUGGGCCUGAACCAUUAUUCUGGGAACAUCGUGUCGGCGACCAAGUACAAGGAGCCGCAAGCGGUGCCGUCGAUAUUUGAUGACAUAGAUGUUGGAUGGACCGUUGAUGAGACGUGGCUUAGGGGUCAAGCGGUGUGGAACUAUCUCGUCCCCAACAGCUUGUACAACUGCCUGACCCUCCUCCGCCAGCGGUACAAUGACCCCGACAUCUACGUCACAGAGAGCGGCUGGUCGAACGCGCCAGACGCUGAUGUCAUUGACCAGGACCGAGUCACGUAUUACGCCACCAUCAUGGAACAAAUGCUGAAUGCUAUAGAUGAUGGGGUGAAGCUGAAGGGAUACAUGGCUUGGAGUUUGAUGGAUAAUUUUGAGUGGAUAAAAGGAUAUACCGAGCGUUUCGGGCUAUACGCGGUAGACUUCGCCGCCCCGGAGCGGCCGCGCACGCCGCGCCUGUCCGCGUUCUUCUACAAAGAGGUGUUGCGCGCGCGCACCGCCAUCGCCGCCGACUACCGUCCGCAAGACUUCACCAUGAGCAUCGACGACGGACCUAUGCAGCUUCUCGUCCUUUUAAGUUUAGCAAUGCUUGGCAGCAAUGCCGCGUCCGUCAAGCAGGAAAAGAGGUUUCCUGAUGACUUCCUCUUUGGUUGUGCCACCGCCUCAUACCAGAUAGAGGGCGCUUGGGAUGAAGAUGGCAAAGGCGAGAACAUAUGGGACCACAUGACUCACAACAAGCCGCAUGUGAUCGCUGACCAAAGCAAUGGUGACAUCGCAGACGACUCGUACCACAACUACAAACGCGACGUGGAGAUGAUGAGGGAACUAGACUUAGACGCCUACAGAUUCUCACUCUCCUGGUCCAGAAUCCUACCCAGCGGCUUCUCCAACCAAAUAAACCAGGCUGGAGUCGACUUCUACAACAACUUCAUCGAUGAAAUGCUCAAAUACAACAUAAAACCAAUGGUAACUUUAUACCAUUGGGAUUUACCUCAAAAACUUCAAGAAUUAGGAGGAUUUACUAACCCCCUCUUUACUGAAUGGUUUGAAGAUUACGCUAGAGUAGUAUAUUCCAAAUUUGGCGAUCGAGUUCAGCAUUGGAUAACGUUUAAUGAGCCUAGAGAAAUCUGCUUUGAGGGUUACGGUGCAACGACUAAGGCUCCUCAACUAAAUGCCACGGGGAUUGGCGAGUACUUGUGCGCGAAGCACCUGCUGGUGGCUCACGCAAAGGCGUACCAUGCGUAUAACAAUGAAUUCAAGGCCAGCCAGGGUGGGAAGUGCGGUAUCACGAUCAGCACUAACUAUUUUGCUCCAUUGACGGAUUCUGAAGAGGAUAAGGCGGCUGCUGAACUCUUUGCGCAAGGACAGUGGGGCAUAUACGCCGAGCCAAUUUUCUCUGAGCAAGGUGGAUUCCCCAAAGAAUUGACUGAACGCGUGGCUGCUAAAAGCAAGGAACAAGGCUAUCCCAGGUCUCGCCUCCCGGAGUUCACUGAAGAAGAGAAAGCCCUUGUGAAAGGCUCUUCAGACUUCUACGGUAUUAAUCAUUAUACAAGUCAGCUUGUGUCCGCUAGUGAUUAUAAAGGAGAAUACCCUGUGCCUGGGAUGUUGGAUGACUUGGAUGCCGGCACAUUUGUACCGGAUGAGUGGCCUAAAUCAGCGUCAACCUGGUUAAAUCAAGCGCCACGCAGCUUAUACAACGCCUUAAGCGAUCUGCACAAGCGAUACAACAGCCCAGACAUAUACGUGACAGAGAAUGGUUGGUCGUCAACCGGCGGUCUGUUAGACGACGAUCGCGUCCGGUACUACAGAGCUGCGCUGAAUGAUGUGCUGGAAGCGCUGGAAGACGGCGUCCAGCUUAAAGGAUACAUGGCCUGGAGCUUGAUGGACAAUUUUGAGUGGAUGGAGGGGUACAGAGGACGCUUCGGCCUAUACGAGGUGGACUUCUCUUCUCCCGAGCGCACGCGAACGGCUCGCAAGUCAGCGCUGGUGUACAAACACAUCGUCGCUAACAGACUGAUCGACCCCGACUACGAACCGGAUAAUCUCAUCAUCAGCAUAGAUGAAGGACAUUGACAACUUGGCGGCUAAGGAAUAUUAGAUGCAUUUAUUAGA